GUAAGAAAAUUUCAGCAGACAGCGAAAGCAUUAUGCCAGACGCAGUUGGGGUAACUGAAAGUGGACGGCCCGUACCUUGCACUUGUGGCGUUUUCCUUGCAUCGCAAAUAAAACGCGGUGCAAAAGAACCACCAGAAGGUACUCCAGUGAUUACCAAUGAAUUGGAUCGCACCUUUCCCUGCAAUCAGAUCGGUCAGAAACAAUGUCAAACUAAGUGCUUGGAAACCAUAGUGCAGCAUCUACCCAAUUCCGCUAGUAUAUUGUGUGCAUCGCUGAAUCGUGACUGCCGAAAAGAGCGGGCAUAUCUCUUUAUCAAGAAUUGUCGAAAUCAGUGGUUCAAUACAAAUUUAGCGGCCGGCCGAGAAUAUUGCUGUCGCAAUGGUCAGCCAUAUCCUUGUCCGCUAGUUUGAAAUAUUUAAAUUUUGAAUAAAAAAUAUUAAUUUUACAAUAAUCAACAAAUGGUUUUUAUUACGUAAAAAAUCUAAUUAUUAAAUGUAUGUGAUAUCGAUUUGAUUUAUAAUACACAAAUCAAAUAUAUGGUUAUGAAUAUAUCUUCCGAAAGAAUAUGUAGGAGUAAAUACAGUAACAAUGAAAAAUGCUUAUAAAGACCUCACCAUUAAACAAAAAAAACUUAA